AUGUCCCAACGAUACCAGAACGGCGGUGGCGGCGGCGGCGGUCGACGUCGUGGUAACGACCCUCGGGACGACCGCAAUGGCUAUCAACAACGCGCGCCGAAUGGCCCUCAUGGUCUCCCUGCCCGACCUCCCCAGCCGACAUCGUACCGUCCCUCCGACAACUACUCCAACCGCAACAACGGUGGCGGUGGCGGUGGAAGAGAUCGCGACAAUUACCGGCCUCCUCAGGGUGAUUUCUCGUUUAGAGUAGAGAAGCCGCCGGGAGUCAGCAAUUCGAGCUACGACAACUACCGUCCCAACGACAACAGGCAGUCCUACAAUGGCCGCAGAGCCCACUCUCCCAGAGGCGAUCGUCGCCACGGAAGACCCAGUGGCCGUGGACGAGGCCGCAACGCUGGCCCCCACGGAGGUUUUAGGAAACCGUGGCGUCCUUUUGUUGCGGCUGAGCGCGAGCUAUUGAGCGGCACCCAUGAGUCUGGAAAUGAAGAGGCCCUCUACAAUCCCGAGACGGGUGUGCUCUACCGGAAUGUCGACGAACUGUCCGACAGUGAUGAGGCCGAGAUGGACAUCUCUGGAGAUGAGGCCGCUGAAGAUGCCGAGCCGUCGACCAAGCGUGCUCGCACUGCGCUUGACCAGUCGGCCAGCGACAACAACACUCCCAAGUGGUCCAACCCCGACCCCUACACUGCACUCCCUCCCGAGGGCGCUCGGGAGCGCAAGACCAAGGAUGUUGUGCAGAUGAUCAGAAAGGCUCGUGUGCAAACCGCUGCCGAAACAAAGACCGCGCUCCCCAACGACUUGGACGAGAUCAUCAUGUUCAAUUCCGAUAGCGACAGUGACAUCGAGAUUAUCCAGGAGGUGAAGCCCACUGGGAAAGCAGCUCGUGAUUCCCUUUCUCUUGUUCCCGUCGCGGCUAAGCAGCCCUCCAAGAAGCCCGAGGUUAAGCAGCCUGUGGACAAGAAGCCUGUAACAGGAACUAUUGAUCUCACAGGCACUGAUGACGAAGAGGACUCGGCCCCAGUUCCUCCGGCACCCAGGAACAUACCCAAGAACCUACCCAAGACUCGUCCCACGUUCGAUGAUCCCACUCCUUCUGCUUUGGGUAGCAGGAAGCGUACCCACGACGACGAGAUCAAGUUGCCUCAUGCUAGGCUGAAGAAGGCAACCAGGGCGCCUGUAGGUGGAAAGAUUCAGCCUGAGUGGCGAGCUGUUCCCAAACAGGACUCUUGCCCCUGGAUGCGAGAUGCCGAAGAUCAUUCGGCCAGCCCCACGAUGGGCCGUUGGCUGCACAAAGAGAUCAUUGAUUUCUACGAAUACGUUAAGCCUCGUGCUUUCGAGAAACGUAUCCGCGAGGAGGUGCUCGACGAAAUUAACAGGCUCAGUGACGCCCUCAAGCAACACAAACUUGCGUUCCAGAACGAGGUUGAGAUCAUCGCCUUUGCCAAAGUGCCGCUGGUCAAGUGGGUUGACUCCAGGACAGGCCUCAAGAUUGAUGUAUCCUUUGAGAAUGACACGGGCUUGCAGGCUAUCAAGACGUUCCAUGCCUGGAGAGAUCAGUUUCCUGUAAUGCCUGUUCUGGUCACGUUGAUCAAGCAUUUCCUUUGCAUGAGGGGCCUGAACGAGCCGGUCAACGGCGGUAUAGGAGGCUUCACUGUCACCUGCUUGGUCACCAGCAUGCUUCAGCUGAUGCCCCAAAUACAAAGCGGAUCUAUGGACCCGAACCAUCACGUCGGGGAUCUCUUGAUGCAUUUCUUUGACCUCUAUGGUAACCGGUUCAACUACCGGACCACGGCGAUUUGCCUGAACCCGCCCAAAUAUCUUCCCAAGCACAAGAUCAGCACCUUUGCGUACAAGAACUAUGACCGAUUCUCGAUCAUCGACCCCAACAACUCGGAGAACGACAUUGCUGGCGGCUCCAGUAACACCGGCACGAUCGUGGCACUUUUCAAGCAAGCCUAUGAACUGCUUGCAGAACGCAUGGCGCAGCUAGCUCAGUCCCCUGAUAGGCGCAAUGCCAGCAUUUUGGAGGUCAUUUUGGCGGGCAAUUACUCGACGUUCCGAAAUCAGCGAGCCCAUCUGGAGAAGCUGGCAGCGCCUAAUGGCCCAGCCGGUCCUCGGAAACGCUAG